AUGGGCGGCCAAUUGACAGGUAACGCAUCCAACUAUGGAUGGGUUGUGCAAAAGUUUGGCGGCACAAGUGUCGGCAAGUUUCCGGACAAGGUGAGUCUUUCGCCCUCGUCUCAUAAUCUCUCACUUCGUCUCCAACCGAUUGCGAAAGACAUAGUGAAGGCCAAUCUUUCUGAACAUAGAGUCGUCGUCGUCUGCUCGGCCAGGAGUACGGGCAAGAAGGCUGAGGGUACGACAAGUCGCUUGCUCGGCAUCUAUAACAAGCUCAAGGGCAUUGCCGCCGCGACCAACGACGAAGAUGUGCAGAACGAGCUCAUGGAGGAGGCCAAGAGCCUCAUCAGCGACAUCAGUAGCGAGCACGUGCUCGCGGUACACAACUUUAUUCGCAACGAGGACCUCCAACAUGCCCUGUCCCAACAGAUCAAAGAUGAGUGCCAGGAGCUUACAGAGUACAUUGUGGCCGCAAAACGCUUCAAUCUCGAGGUGAACGCCAGAUCCAAGGACCGUGUCAUCAGCUUCGGCGAGAAACUCAGCUGCCGCUUCAUGGCUAUAUUGCUUCAAGAUCAAGGAGUUGCCUCGGAGUACGUUGAUUUGAGCGACGUCUUCCACUAUGACGCCACGGCCCGGCUGGAUGUGUCUUUCUAUCAAGAAGCGACCGCACUGUUGAACAAGAAGAUUCUGGCGUGCGAGGAUAGAGUUCCCGUCGUCACUGGCUUCUUUGGCAACGUUCCCGGCAGCCUGAUUGAUGGCGACAUCGGCCGAGGCUACACUGACCUCUGCGCUGCGCUUUGCGCUGUCGGUAUGCGCGCCGACGAGUUGCAGGUCUGGAAGGAAGUCGACGGCAUUUUUACGGCCGAUCCGAGCAAAGGUGCCCACGGCACGACUUCUACCGUUAUCCACGCGAACCCCCCGAUACCGAUCCGCAUCAAGAAUGUCAAGAACCCCACUGGCGUCGGCACGAUCGUCGUCCCCGACCCCGUUCUUGCAGCAGGCCACCAGAUUCAACGCCACGCGUGGUCAGAUCCCGCUCGGCUUAAGAAACCAAAGAGGCCCACGGCUGUGACAAUCAAGGAUAAGAUCUCCGUCAUCAACGUGCACUCGAACAAGCGCUCCAUAUCGCACGGUUUCUUCGCCAAGGUCUUCUCCAUCCUGGACAGGCAUCAGGUCUCCGUCGAUCUCAUUUCCACCAGUGAGGUGCACGUGUCCAUGGCCAUCCACGUUGGCAACUCGGAGCCGGGCCAAUUUGACAAGGCGAGGCUCGAGCUUGAGGACUGCGGUGAUGUCAGCAUCCUACACGACAUGGCGAUUCUCAGCCUCGUUGGUGCCGAGAUGAAGAACAUGGUCGGUAUCGCGGGUCGCAUGUUCUCGACUCUGGGCGAGCACCAAGUCAACCUGGAGAUGAUCUCGCAGGGCGCGAGUGAGAUCAACAUUUCGUGUGUCAUCGGUGCGCGCGAUGCGACUCGAGCCAUGAACAUUUUGCACACCAAUUUGUUUACUUUCCUCGACUAA